AUGUCCGCCCAAGGCCGUUCACUACCUGCCAGCCUUCCGCCUCUUCCCGAUGAGGCUUCUGUCCCCUUCUCGUCCUUGUUCGACAACUUCGAUCUAGCUACGGUCGAUUCAACAGUUCAGUUUGCCAACAGGGGCAUCUUUAUCGCCUCAGAUGGUCGUCGCUACCUCUUCCAGAGCAUACCUGAGUCGGAUACGCCAGUCGCUUCUCCGGCCAACUCGACUGCUCCGAGUAGCAUACAGCCAGAUACAAACCCAGCACAGUCGCCGCACGAGUUACACGACCGCAACAAUGCCUCUCUCAGGGGACGACAGAUGUCGAACGCAAGUUCGCGAUCACAGGCUUCAAGUUUCCGGACAGCGCAUAGUGGGCGUUAUACCACUAACGUAUCCCCUGCCGCCUUGGACAUAGCCGGACCUCAUUCCGCUACUAUUCCUCAGGACGUCACCAACAUGAUGUCCCACCUCAACAUCAACCACUUCAACGGUGCGGCACCAUACUUUGGAGAGUCUGAUGGGGGCGUAGGACUUGCCGAGGUUCUCACGGAACGUGACACGGAUCCAUGGACCCCCGAGAGUCCUGUCGACAACAGACCUGUCUCUCCCCGAACCCCUUCUAACCAACAUCGCCUGGAAUCAUUUCACCACGGCUACAAUCAGUCCACACAAUAUAUGCGUACAUCAAAUCUAACGGCCGGCUUGAGCACACCGGCAGCUCAAGCCACUUACAAUGGAGGUCAUCAAGUCGACGGUAUCAACUACGGCGGGUUUGUGACAGGCGCGAACUUUGCUUCUUCACAAGGGCCUCGUCGACAAGCACCGCCUACGGGACCAGUCCUCGAGUCUUUGAUGGAAUCAUCAUAUCCUCAAUAUCCAACGUCUCCGACUAGGCACUCUUCGAUUCCGUACUCGCCUACGUCGCCCAUCUUGUCGCCUGAUUACGAGAAAGAGUUUGUCAGUUCUGACGGCGCAUAUGUUUACUCAAGCUCUCCUCACUCGGUUGUCCACGAGCCGUGCUCCUUAUAUCCUGGUCGUGGAAGGGGCGGUAGUGGGAGCGGAGUGUUUGUUGGAGCUGCGCAGAACAAUGUGGUCAGUAUAGGAACUUCGACUAACCGGCUUGAUACCAGAACCGCAGUUGUUGUGGUUCCGGAACGACAUGCUUCUUCGUUUUCGAGUGAUAGCAGGAGUACGGGCCGAGAUCACGUAUUGCCGGGGGAGGAUAUUUUGUUUGAUGGGCCAGUUAAGAGCGCGCCAACACUUGCGUCCUCGGCGUUUGAAGAUGGAGAGCUCAAGAUUUUCCGCAAUACGACUACGAAAGAUUUGAGGUUCCAUUGCAGAGUUGUCAAAGCCCGAAACGCCCAACUCAUCCCCGUCUACGCCUACGACCCCCGCUUCCUCAACGUCAUCUGCCUGCACGACAAAGAAACCGAAAAGUCCAACCCGGGCUACAUGAACUCCUCUCCCAUACCAGGAUCAGGCAACGGACACCCAAACGGCAUCUACCAAUUCCCCCGCCUCGCAGACCUCUGCCACUUCCAAGCCCAACUCACCGGCGAAAAGGUGCUGCUGGACAUCAGCAACGUCAAGCUCAUCCGCCUAAGUAAAGCGAACAACGGCGCAAGCGACACUUACUCGAGCGUGCGGCUGCAGAUCUGGCAUGAGGAUCUAGAUUCCACAAGCAGAAGAAGGGGGAUGCAAUCUGAUAAGGCGAGUUUUGUGACGGCUGGUACGGCGCUGUCGGGACCGCUCCGCGAUAGACAGGUUGCUAGUUCGAGCAAGUUGAUUGUUUACUUGGGAAGGUUGGGGGAGUAUGUGCAGACUUUUAUUACGGAUGAUAUUGAGGUGAAGGCGGAGGGGCAGACGAAGGUUAGGUUGAGGCCGAGGAGGGCGGGGGUUUUUAGUAGGGAGGGGAGUAGGUGGAAGGGGAUUAAAGCACACAUCGAGCAAAGAGACGGCUCAGAAAUGGCCGGGUUCAAUAUCGACGGCCAACCACCCAACCCAGAUGCCGAGUACGGUUAUGAUCUUUACAAGAUGUUUGAGAUUGAGUUUGAGAAUCCGCCUAGCCAAGACAGCUUCAUCAGGAGAUGGGGAGAAGUCAUUGCCGAACGCAGACAGCAGAGAGAGAAAUUGAAGGUCAUUCAGGAGGAGUUGAAAGCGGUGGGAGGGUUGUAUGGGAAGACGGCUAUGGAGAUUCGGAUGUGA